UACUAACACAUACUCUCUAAAUAUUUCAGAACUUGCAUGCGGCCUUCAAGCCACAACCGCGGUAUGAGUUCUGAUCUCAGACUUUGGUUUGGGGGCUGCUGGCCCCUUCGCGUCGACAAGGAAACUGUGGAUGACAAUGGGUUUAGAAUUCGAAUAAAACGAAGACCCUAUCGAACAAAUAGAGGAAAGGGCGGAAAGGGGAAAAAGUAAAGUCUAAGCGACAUAUGGCACGAAAAGGAAAUCCAAUUUCGGUAAGACUUGAUCUGAAUCGUAGUUCAGAUCCAAGUCGGUUCAGUGAUUAUUAUUAUGGUAAAUCAUUGUAUCAAGAUGUCAAUCUUAGAUCUUAUUUUAGUUCGAUACGUCCACCUACGAAACUCGCCCUUGGCUUUCGUCUCGGUAGGUGUAUUAUUCUACAUUUUCCCAAAAGGACAUUCAUUCAUUUCUUUCUUCCCGGGCGAUCACCACGACUAAAACGAAAACAAGACAAGAAAUCAAGACCCGUACUACAGGAAAAGGGCUGGUGGCCGACAUUUGGGAAAGUCGGGCCGAUCGGGUGUCUUCAUUCAAGCGAGGGUACAGAGGAAGAACGAAACGAAGUGAGAGGCCGGGGGGCAGGGAAAAGAGUCGAGUCGAUCGACCGGGAGAAGCAAAACGAAAUCCGGAUUUGGCCGAAAAAGAUGCAACGUUAUGGAUACCAUGACCGAUCACCAUCGAGAAAGAAGAAUUUUGAUAAAUCACUUCGGGUGAGCGGGGCCUUCAAGCGGCCUCAAUACGCCGGGGUUGUAUAUGACAUACCUUUCCUUAUGGGAAAUGCCGCCUCCUUACUAAAAAGGAAUAGAAUCAAGUUAUUUUUACCAAAGAAGUCCCGCUCUGACGGCCCGACGAGUCAUCUACUAAAAAGGACCCUCCCCGCUGUGCGCCCCUCCUUGAAUUAUUCGGUCAUGCAAUACUUUUUUAAUACUAAGAAUAAAAUGCAUUUCGACCCCGUCCUAGUUCUCAAUCAUUUCGUGGCACCGGGUGUGGCUGAACCAUCUACGAUGGGGGGAGCGAAGGGAGGAAGCUUAGAUAAGAGAAUACGCUCUCGCAUCGCUUUUUUUUUAGAAAGCUCUACCAGCGAGAAAAAGUGUUUGGCCCGAGCCAAAAAGAGGUUGAUCCACUUCAUUCGCCAAGCGGAUGAUCUUCGCUUCGCGGGAACAACAAAAACCACCAUAUCGCUCUUUCCUUUCUUCGGUGCUACCUUCUUUUUUCCAAGGGAUGGGGUUGGGGUGUAUAAUAACCCUUUUUUUGAGUAUGCCCGGAAACAACUCCUAGCUCAAUUUAGGAUCAAAUGUAGGAACCUCAUGGGUAAGGAUAAGGUAAUGGAAUUGAUAGAGAAAUUCAUAGACCUAGGUAGGAUAGGAAAAUUGAUAAAGGGAAUAGAGAUGAUGAUAGAGAUCAUACUGAGAAAGAGGAUAAUUCCGUACGGGUACAACUCUUAUUUGAACGAAGUGCAAAAAAUGCGAUCUUUUUUGUCUAAUAGAACAAACACUAAUACCUUAAUUGAGUCGGUAAAGAUCAAAUCUGUUUAUCAAAGUGCUUCUCUGAUUGCUCAAGACAUCUCUUUUCAACUGAGGAACAAUCCAAUCUCAUUUCGUUCCAUUUUUAGUAAAAUAGUGAAGGAUAUUCCAUUAAUAAUGCCAAAAGGGGUGGAGGGGAUACGUAUUUGUUGUUCUGGUCGAUUAGGGGGUGCGGAAAUAGCUAGAACUGAAUGCGGAAAGUAUGGAAAAACAUCUUGUAAUGUAUUUAACCAGAAAAUCGAUUAUGCUCCUGCGGAAGUAUCUACUCGUAACGGAAUUUCAGGUGUCAAAGUGCGGAUCUCAUAUAGUCAAAAUAAGAAGGGACGUGCUAUAUCCGAAACGUACGAAAUAUAGUAAAUAUUUUAAAUGCAGAUGUAGUAGGGGUCGCGAACCGGAUGGUACACAACUUGGUUUUGGAAGAUAUGGCACCAAAAGUUGUAGAGCUGGUCGUCUUUCAUAUCGAGCCAUUGAAGCAGCGCGUCGGGCUACAAUCGGACAAUUCCAUCGUGCUAUGAGCGGACAAUUCCGAAGAAAUUGUAAGAUAUGGGUAAGAGUUCUCGCAGAUCUUCCUAUUACGGGGAAACCCGCAGAAGUUCGAAUGGGAAGAGGAAAAGGAAAUCCGACGGGUUGGAUUGCUCGUGUGUCCAU